AUGCAACUGAAGGAAGUCGACGAUUUCACACCGAACGAUCUCUACGGGGAGUGCCGUGGCGAGAUGUAUACUAGUGGCAAAAACUGUACGAUCCAGACCGAUAAAAAUGAUGGGGAUGCCACGAGGUUUUACCUGAAAAUCUAUACCAACACCGAGGCGCUGACCGGGCCCCACCAAAUCCAAUGCCUUUCGCUGGACCAGACGGAUAAAGACUCGAUCAGAGAAUACUACGGCGAAUUCCAAGUGGUCGGCAACAACACUUGCCACUGGACGUUCCGCAAAAAUGAUGGAACCGCCUGGAGCCAGGGUCGCGGUGACUGCAUCUCUUGCUGUGGCUAUGAGAGCUGUGAUGCUGCUUCGUAUAUCUCGAACGACAAGCCCUACAACAAUAUUGUCAUU